CUUAGUAAACUAUAUUUGUUGACAUCAGUAUUGCAGGAAGCUGCAGAAAUGGAUGGAGGCAAUCUGAGCGAGGUCUCAGAGUUUCUGCUUCUGGGGAUCUCGGAAAACCCUGAUAAGCAGCAGGUCUUAUUUUGGAUGUUUCUGGUCAUGUACCUCAUCACAGUGGUGGGAAACACGCUCAUCGUCCUGGCCAUCGGCUCUCACUCCCGCCUGCACACCCCCAUGUACUUCUUCCUGGCCAACCUCUCCUUCACUGAUCUCUGCUUUGUCACCAACACAAUCCCCAAAAUGCUGGUGAACCUUCAGUCUGAGAACAAAGCCAUCUCCUACACAGGGUGUCUGACACAGCUCUACUUCCUGGUCUCCUUGGUGGCCCUGGACAACCUCAUCCUGGCUGUGAUGGCGUAUGACCGCUAUGUGGCCAUCUGCCGCCCCCUCCACUACACCACGGCCAUGAGCCCUGAGCUUUGUAUGUUGCUUCUCAGUAUAUGUUGGAUGCUGUCUAUCAUUUAUGGACUUACUCAUACUAUCCUUAUGACCAGAGUAACUUUCUGUGGGCCCCAAAAGAUUCACUACAUCUUCUGUGAGAUGUAUGUCCUUCUGAGGCUUGCGUGUUCCAACACUCAACUUAAUCACAGAGUGCUCAUUGCCACAGGCUGCUUCAUCUUCUUCACCCCCUUAGGGUUCAUGACCACAUCCUAUGUGCAGAUUGUCAGAGCCAUCCUCCAAAUACCUUCAGCCACUGGGAAGUACAAAGCCUUCUCCACUUGUGGUUCCCAUUUGGCAGUGGUCUCCCUCUUCUACGGGACACUUGGUAUGGUCUAUCUUCAGCCUCUCCACACCUACUCCCUGAAGGACUCUGUAGCCACGGUGAUGUAUGCUGUGGUGACCCCCAUGAUGAACCCUUUCAUCUACAGCCUGAGGAACAAGGACAUGCACAGGGCUCUGGGAAGACUCCUCCUAGGGAAGGCCUUCCAGAGGUUUAUAUGA